AUGUGUCUGAUCCAGCACGCUGCCGCCGCGUUUUCGAACCCGCCAGGCAGCGGCGAGGGCGCGCCCGCGGCCAGCAUCAUUGACUGGAACUUCCCACAGGAUCCGACCGCCCUGGGCGCUGCCGCCUCGGACGAAUACCCGGGCGGACGCGAGGGCGCGGCCAGCGGUCCGGGAAGCCUGGGGGCGGACAGCGCCGAGGAGUUUGAGCGCGCGGUUUGGGGCCAAAUCAGGGCCGAGGCCUCCCAUGACGCGGCGCACGAGCCGGUCCUCAGCAGCUUCCUCUACGCCUCCAUCCUGGCGCACCCCUCCUUCGAGCGCGCCCUGGCCUUCGUGCUCUCCAACCGCCUGGCCAACUCGGUGCUGCUGCCCACCCAGCUGCUGGAGAUUUUCCACGACGUGCUGGCCAGCGAGGCGGGCGUGAAGCAGGCUGCCCUGGCGGACGUGGAGGCGUGCUAUGAGAGGGACCCCGCGUGCCGCGGCUACAGCCAGGCGCUGCUUUACUACAAGGGGUACCACGCCCUCCAGACGCAGCGCAUCGCGCACGCGCUGUGGAACCGCGGGCAGCAGGUCAUGGCGCGGCUGCUGCACUCGCGCAUCAGCGAGGUGCUGUCCAUCGACAUCCACCCCGCGGCGGUGCUGGGGCGGGGCAUCCUGUUGGACCACGGAACGGGGGUGGUGAUAGGGGAGACGGCCGUCAUCGGGGACAACGUGUCCAUAGGGCAGAACGUCACCCUGGGGGGCACCGGCAAGGAGGACGGGGACCGCCACCCGAAGAUCAGCGACGACGUGCUCAUCGGGGCAAACGUGACGGUGCUGGGCAACAUCCCUGUCGGGCAAGGCGCACAGGUGGCGGCGGGCUCCUUGGUGCUGAAGCCUGUGCCGCCGCACACGCUGGUGGCGGGGUCUCCGGCGAAGCCCGUCGGCAAGAUUUCGGGCAAGCCGGCUCUCGGCAUGAUUUGGAACGGCCGCUUCAACGCCAACAACCCUGACCCUGACGGCGAGGCGGCACCGAGCGAGAAGGGCGACGCCGCCAGCAGCAGCAGCAACGGCAACGGCACGGCGCCGCCUGCCGCCGUCGGCCCACGGGCGCCGGUUCGGGUGAAUGGCAGCGGCAAAGGGGCUGGGAGCGGCAACGGCAGCAGCAGGGUCGCAGUGCUGGCAGGCGGCACCGGCUGGGCGCAAGCGGCGCUAGUCAACGGCGGCGCGGGUGGCAGCGGGAGCGACAGCGACGGCAAGGCCACUCCUGCGGCAGCGGCGGCCCCGCCGCUGCCGCCGCUGCCGCCGCCGCGCCCAGACAUCACGCCGGCCCCCCUCAGGGGCGUUCACGAGGGCGAGGUGCAGGCCACGAUGGACGACGCGACGGCCGCGAGGCAGUGGCCAGCGCAGGGGGCAGAGGACCCCGAGUUUGUGAUCUGA